UAAUUUAAACAUUUUUUGUGUCGAACCGGCGAGGUCUUAGACCAAGGAGGUUGUUAUACCUCGCGUUUACUCGACACCCUGAAACGUUCGGUCACAAUCCAAUCCACACAACAGGUUCACCUCGCUGCAAUAGCACGUAUUUUUAACAACAUUGUAUCAAUUUACACGCAAACAUAAAAAAAAAUCCUUUUAAUCAUCAUUUUGGCUGUAUCACAGUUUCGCUUUUGCCUCUUCGUGUUCAUUUCAAGAUGGAGGUCGCUCCGGACGUUGAACAGGCGGGAAUUUUCAAAAAGAGUUUUUCUGUGAAUUUAUUGUUAAGGACAGUAUUCCAUGGUAUUAAUUGUGUUUUGUUUUGUGUUGUUGGUGUUUGGGGUGUUGUAAUGUGUUUCACAAUAGAAGAAGAGAAAAUGACUGACCCAUUGUUGAGGGAUCUAAAAUAUUUGGCGGCAUUUUUUUUGACCAACUGGAAUUUUGCCUUCCAGACGCUAUUCCUGCUGCUGUCGCUGGUGCACGACGUGCUGGAGUGGCUGGACAAGCAGGACUGUCGAAUGGCAGCGCGCCUGCGCUACUGGAGAGAUAUCAUCUUCUCAGGGCUCGUCGUGCCCUUUACUUUGUUCGUAUCAUCGAUGUUCUGGUGCGUGUACGCGGUGGACCGCGAGCUGGUGUUCCCGCGGGCGUACGAUGACGUGGUGCCGUGGUGGUUCAACCACUGCGUGCACACCAACAUCUCCGUCGUCGUCCUCAUCGAGACGCUGCUGCAGGCGCGUCGCCGACCUCGGGACUUUAAGACGGAGAUAAUCGCUGUCACCGUUGUUGAUGUCGCUUAUGCUAUUGUAUACUAUGCGAUCUACUACUUCACUCACCGAUGGUUGUACAAAGUGUUCGGUGUGAUGACAUGGUGGCAGGUUUGCCUGUACCAGCUGCUCAUCUGGGGCUCCUCCUACCUCUUCUACUUCCUCCAGUUCCCCGUCAAUAGACUGAUACAUGGUGACGUUGAGGAGACGGACAAUGCCGCAACCGGCCAAGUCACAGAACAGGUGAUGAAUGGUACCAAAGAGAUGAACGAAGAUAAAACGGAUACAGAUUCCAAACCUUCUAGUCUAUCCAAAAAUUCUUGGAGUUUGAAAUAUAGGUCAAAUGGGAGUAAAAUUGAAAACUCACAUUUGUAAUAUUCCUGGUUGGGACAAUUUUGGUGAUUUAUUGCUGGUGAUGGAGUUCAAUGCAAUAAGAACUUUGGUAACAUCAGCUCGUGUAAAUAUUUGUAACGAAAUGGUAUCUCACGAAAAACCAGUACUGUAUCUGCCAAUGUCUAGAAAUUUUAGCUAAUUUUUUUAUAUUUCUGGCUGUUCGAAUAAUAAGAUAUAAUAUUUAUUUAUUAAG